AAAUUAUGUAAGUAUCUUUAUUGCCAGUUUUCCACAUAUGUGUGAACGUUCGAGAUGGUGGUCACGAUUGACGUUGAGCAUGUUUAUAAAUAUCCACUCAACAUGGUGGCAAAUGCGCAUUUUACAAAAUAUCCAUCAGCGAAAGAAAAGUUUGUCAGAAAGAUAGAGGUUCAAGAUGCAAAGGAAGAUCAUGUGCGAGGUGUUUCCUACAAGCGAUCAGUGGCAUAUUGUGACAAUGUCAUCCCAGGGUUUUUACGAACCAUUCGGGUCCUGAAUGAGAGUGCCAUACUUCUAGAGGAAGAGUCCUGGUUUGACAAACGUCAGAAUCAACUCAGCCUGACGAGCAGAAACUUGACUUGGGCAAACUAUGCAAGAUUGUAUGAGAAGUCGAAAUUCCGACAGCAUGAUUCAAAUCCAAACUGGACAGUGUUUGAACAGCAUGGCUCCAUUGAUAUCCAUGGUAUUGGUCCAUUAGGGCGAGUUAUUGAAAUGUUCGCGCAAAGGUUUCUUCACUUGGGUGUCAAGAGGGGCUUUAUGAUCAUGGAAGACCUUUUAAAAGAAAGAAGUGGAAAUGGAACUCAUAACAUGUCUAACAUGUGUUCUUGAAGGACAGCUUCAUCUCGUCAAACUCAGUAUUUGAUGGAGUCUUUCAACAUUCCUGUAGUUUUCAAACCCCAAACUUCACCAUCAUAAAACAAUCUCAUUAGAAAUAAAGAUCAAAAUGUGUCAAUUCUUUUGACUUCAAUGAUUUUGCAAUAAAUCAUAAUUGGUACUUUUCAUAUAAAUUUUGCAAUGAUAGGUUAUUGUUUAAGGUUUGAAAUGAGUGAAAUAGGUGAGGCUGUGCAAUAUUAGUACACAACAAUAACAUUAAAUUGUUAAUUUGUAGUGAUGUCUUAAGUCACUUUAUUGAUAGUGGUUUUGUCAGGAUGUGUAUGUAAGGAUUAUAUUCAAGAAGUAGGAGCAACCUACAGAUAUCAAAAUGUUCCUUAAUUGUUUUGCAUCCAAUAUUUAUUUUGAUACACCAGAGAAAAGUAUUCUUUAAUUCUAUUCAUCCAAGUUUAAUUGCAUUUAUGUUUUUACUUUCAGCCUGUUUAAGUGAAAUUUUGUCUCUUGUCAACAGGAUGAUAAAUGGUUGAUUUCUUGUGCAAUAAGUUGUGGCCUAUUGGCUUCAUAAAUACCUGCAUUUAUUGAGUGGUAAUUUAGGAGUAAUAUAUCAUUGAGUGUUUUCGGUGCUACUGUAUGGAAAUGGUAUUUGACAUGCAUAUUUGUCUUGCAUUUUAUAUGUGUUUACUUGAACUGUUGUAUUUAAAUAAAGAUGA